AUGUCUUAUAAUACCGUGAAAGUCAAUUCGCCAGCACCAUAUUUUUGUCUUAACAAAAAUAAUGAACAACCUGAGGUUUCAGUUAUUACAGGUAGAAAAUGGAAUGUUCAAACUAAAAUCGAGAAUGAUAUUAAAGUGUUGACAUCCCAUAAUUGUGAAUCUACUACCUGUCUAGCCUAUUAUUCCAUUGGGAAGACAUUAAUCCCUACCCCAAUAGAAUCCUUAACAGAUUCCAUGGUAGUUAAAGGGGGCUUCAUCAAAUUAGAUUGUCCAACUAAUGAACAGAUUCAGAUUCUUGAAAAGAAAAUUAAAGAUGAUAAGAAAUCAAUGGAGCCGAUCAUUGUUAUGAUAUCAGAUGAUUUAGGUUCCGUUAUUUUUGAACAAUUAAAUUUAGUUUCAAAAGUUGCUUCAAAAAUUGAACUACUAGUGGUGGAUUUGUCUGUUUGUUUGGAGCACUCGAAUGUUUCCCCUCAAUCAUUGAACACAAUUGAAAAUUUACUUCAAAUAUUACAAGAAGCUUUACCAGAAAACAUUAUUAAGAAUAUACUAGUUCUCAAUACAAAUUUUGGUGCACAUGGCAGUGUACUGUAUUUGGGGAACACAGGUGACUCUUUUAACCUCCAAUCCAAUACUUCUGAUAUUCUUGACCCAUCUUCGGUAGCUACUUCAGUUAUAGCCAAUCGUUCUCAUGGAUAUGAAAUCAACGAAUCUGUAUAUGGUGCUAUUGAAUUUGUUCAAAACUCCUAUUUACUUGGAUUGAAGUCAGGCCAACCAAACUACAUGUACAACAUUGAACUUCCACUAAAUCAUAUGCUAAAAGAUGAAUGUUUUGAAGCACAAAAGAUGCGUAUUUCAAAGCUUGUGAGAUCACCUAAUCCAAUUGAGGAAGAUUUUUUCGAAUAUUUGAUUAAUCAUAUGUUAGUAAAACCUCAUUGGCAAUCCUAUGUCAAUCACGACUUUGUGAAACUAAUCGCCGAUGGUACUUUAGAUAUCAACAAAUUUAGAUUUUUUAUUGAACAAGAUUACUCAUAUUUAGUUGAUUACGGAAGAGUUCAUUGUAUCGCUGGCAGUAAAGCUCCAAAAUUAGAAAAUAUGGAGGAAGAAUUGGUGAUUGUUGGAAGAAUCCGAGAUGAGAUGGCUCAGCAUGAAAAGAGAUUAAAGGAAUAUUUUGGCGUUACCGACAAUUCUUUUUUUAAGAAUAUCAAAAGAGGUCCUGCAUUGAAUAAUUACUCAAGGUAUUUUAAUGAUAUUGCAAAGAGAGGUACUUGGGAAGAGUUAGUAGCUGCGUUGACCCCGUGUAUGAUGGGUUAUGGAGUUGCCGCUCUCAAAUAUAAGGGGAAAGUAACAGCCAAGAAAGGAAGUCUCUAUGAAGAAUGGAUCGAUAUCUACUCUUGCGCCGGUUAUGAAGAUGGUAUGAAGAUUGGCCAAGGCCUGUUAAACCAUAUUGCCAGAACAGCUGCACCUGACCAGAUAGAGAGAUUGGUAAGAAUAUACGGUGAGGUGUGCGCCCUUGAGACCAAAUUCUGGGAUGCUGCAUUGGCUUAUUAG